AUGCAGAGCCCUGACAGGAAGUGGCUGAUCCUCUUCCUCUCUCCUCAGAGCCCUGACAGGAAGUGGUUGAUCUUCGACGGCCCGGUAGACGCUGUGUGGAUCGAGAACAUGAACACGGUUCUGGACGACAAUAAGAAGCUGUGUCUGAUGAGUGGAGAGAUCAUCCAGAUGUCUCCACAGAUGAGUUUGAUCUUUGAGCCCAUGGACCUGGAGGUGGCCUCUCCAGCAACGGUGUCCCGCUGUGGGAUGAUCUACAUGGAGCCUCAGCAGCUCGGCUGGAGGCCCCUCAUGUUGUCGUGGCUCAACACACUGCCCCCUGCUGUCAGCUCCGAGCAUAAAACUCUGAUCACUGAACUGUUCGACCGCAUCGUCCCCACGUGUCUGGAGCUGCUACGCAAGGCCCUCAAGGAGCUGUGUCCCAGCUCCGACACAAACCUGGUGAAGUCCCUCAUGAACCUGAUGGACUGUAACAUGGACGAGUUCCAGGACCAGACCAAGAUCAAGACCCUGAGCAACGAGGAGACCUGCAGCUGGCUGGAGGGGAUCUUCAUCUUCAGCCUGGUCUGGUCUAUCGGUGCGAGCUGUGACGACUCCAGCAGACAGAAGUUUGACCUGGUUCUGAGGGAGCUUCUGAAGGGGCCUCUGACUCCACUGCUCAGGAGCAAAUAUGGACUUUUCACCGUCACCAAAGUGUCAAGAGCGCUGUUCGUGCCGCUGCCUGAAGAGGGCAGUGUGUACCAGUACUGCUUCAUCAAACAGGGCAUGGGGCAAUGGCAGCUGUGGACAGACGAGCUGAAAUCUUCACCCCCCAUCAGCAAGGACAGUGAGUUCAACGAGAUCAUUGUCCCCACAGAGAACACGGUCCGAUACACGGCUCUGAUGAAGCUGCUCAUCACCCACCACAAGCCCACCUGCUUCAUCGGCCCCACAGGCACCGGCAAGAGCGUGUACGUCACGGACUUCCUGCUGACCUCGCUGCAGAAGGACCAGUACAGUCCUCUGUUCCUGAACUUCUCGGCUCAGACCACAGCGGCUCAGACUCAGAACAUCAUCAUGUCCAAACUCGACAAGCGCCGCAAGGGAGUGUUCGGGCCCCCUUUAGGCAGGAACAUGGUGGUGUUUGUGGAUGAUGUGAACAUGCCGGCCAGAGAAGUGUACGGGGCUCAGCCUCCUGUGGAGCUGCUGAGGCAGUGGUUAGAUCACUGGAACUGGUACGACCUGAAGGACUGCUCCAUCAUACAACUGGUGGACAUGCAGAUCAUCUGUGCCAUGGGGCCUCCUGGUGGCGGCCGUAACCCGGUGACCCCUCGUUUCCUGCGUCACUUUAACACCGUCACCAUCAACGAGUUUGACGACAAAACCAUGUUCACCAUCUUCUCCAGGAUCAUCCACUGGCACUUCUCCAUACGGUUCUCGUUCCCCAGUGAGUUCAGUGCUCUGACCUCAGCCCUGGUCCACAGCACCAUGUCUGUGUAUCAGGAGGCCACCAAGAACCUGCUGCCCACUCCCGCCAAGUCCCACUAUCUGUUCAACCUGAGAGACAUGUCUCGGGUGGUGCAGGGCGUGUGUCUGUCCAGACCAGAGACCAGCGAGGAUCCAGAGGCCGUCAAGCGCCUCUGGGUGCACGAGGUCCUGCGUGUGUACUACGACCGUCUGGUCCAGGACUCGGAUCGCUCGUGGCUCGUGUCUCAUCUCCAGCAAGUGUGUGCGACUCAGUUGAAGAGCGACUUCCACAGACUCUUCCAACACCUGGACCAGGAUCAAGACGGGACCGUGACGGAGGACGACCUGCGCAGCCUCAUGUUCUGUGACUUCAGCGACGCCAAAGGGGACGACCGGAGUUACCGCGAGGUCUUUGACCUGGAGCGGCUGCGGCAGGUGGCGGAGGGGCAUCUGGAGGAGUAUAACACUGUGAGUAAAGCACCCAUGACCCUGGUGCUGUUCCGGUUCGCCAUCGAGCAUGUGUGCCGCAUCUCCCGCCUCCUGAAGCAGCCCAGUGGACACGCCCUGCUGGUGGGAGUGGGGGGCAGUGGGAGGCAGUCACUCACCCGCCUGGCAGCCUAUAUGGCCCAGGCCGAGCUGUUCCAGGUAGAGAUCUCAAAGACAUACGGCAUGACGGAGUGGAGGGACGACCUGAAGCUGAUCAUGAGGAAGUCCACUCAGGGAGAAGCUCACGGAGUCUUCCUCUUCACCGACACACAGAUCAAGAUGGAGUCUUUCCUGGAGGACAUCGGCAACUUGCUCAACACCGGAGAGGUGCCGAACCUGUUUGCGGUGGAUGAGAAGCAGGAGAUCUGUGAGCGAAUGCGAAUGUUGGAUCGACAGAGAGGCCGCGACAAACAGACGGACGGCAGCGCUCUCUCACUCUUCAACAUGUUCUUAGAGCGAUGUAAGACUCAGCUCCACGUGGUGCUGGCCAUGAGCCCCAUCGGAGAGGCCUUCAGAGACCGACUCAGGAGGUUCCCCGCUCUCAUCAACUGCUGCACCAUCGACUGGUUCCAGAGCUGGCCGGAGGAUGCUCUCCAGGCCGUGGCCAGCAGGUUCCUGGAGGAGGUGGAGAUGUCAGAGGAGACCAGAGCAGGAUGUAUUCACAUGUGUAAGAGCUUCCACACCUCCACCAUCUCGCUCUCCCUCAGAUUUUACUCACAGCUCCAGAGACACAACUACGUCACACCCACCUCCUACCUGGAGCUUAUCUCCACCUUCAAGAGCCUGCUGCAGUCCAAGAGAGCAGACGUGAUGACCCUGAAGCGGAGGUACGAGGUGGGUCUGGAGAAGCUGGAGUCCGCUGCCUCCCAGGUGGCUCUGAUGCAGGUACAGUUAGAAGCUCUGCAGCCGGAGCUCCGUGAGGCCAGCAUCAAAGUGGACCAAAUGAUGAAGGUGAUCGAGCACGAGUCUGCAGAGGUGGCUCAGACCGAGAAGGUGGUGAAGGUGGACGAGGCUAUCGCUAACAAGCAGGCCAUGGCGGCUAAAGCCAUCAAAGACGAGUGUGACGCAGACCUGGCUGUAGCAAUGCCCAUCCUGAAGUCUGCCCUGGAGGCUCUCGACACACUGACCAAUCAGGACAUCACGGUGGUGAAGUCCAUGAAGAGCCCGCCUCCUGCAGUGAAGCUGGUGAUGGAGGCCAUCUGUAUCCUGAAGGGCAUCAAACCGGACCGUAUCCCAGACCCGUCCGGCACCGGGAAGAAGGUGGAGGACUUCUGGGGUCCGGCCAAGAAGCUUCUGGGAGACAUGAAGUUCCUCCAGAGCCUCCACGAGUACGACAAGGACCACAUCCCGCCACAGUUCAUGAGCGUCAUCCGCAACAAGUACAUCACCAACCCCGACUUUGUCCCAGAGAAGAUCCGCACUGCGUCUACUGCGGCAGAGGGCAUGUGCAAGUGGGUCUGCGCCAUGGACAAGUACGACAAAGUGGCGAAGGUAGUUGCCCCUAAGAAGGAGAAGCUGGCUCAGGCGGAGGGAGAGCUGAGUGUGGCCAUGGAGGGACUGCAGCGGAAACAGGCGGCUCUCAAAGAAGUGCAGGACAAACUCUCCAUCCUGCAAGACACUCUGGAGUCCAACAAGAACCAGAAAGAGGACCUCCAGAACCAGGUGGAGCAGUGCAGUAAGAAGCUGGAGCGAGCGGAGCAGCUGAUUGGAGGACUAGGAGGAGAGAAGAGUCGCUGGAGUGAGAUGGCUGUGACUCUGGGAGAGCUGUACCAGAACCUGACGGGAGACAUCCUGAUCUCUGCGGGAGUCGUGGCUUAUCUGGGGGCUUUCACCUCCUCCUUCAGACAGGAGCAGACCCAGGAGUGGAUGUCUCUGUGUAAGUCCAGCUCCAUCCCCUGCUCCUCCAACAUGUCCCUGAUGAACUGCCUGGGAGACCCCGUGAAGAUCCGAGCAUGGACCAUUGCUGGACUCCCUUCAGACAGUUUCUCCAUCGACAACGGCAUCAUGAUCUCCUUUAAUGAUGACGAUCUGACCUCUCUCCUGGACAGUAACGCUCGCCGCUGGCCCCUGAUGAUCGACCCUCAGGGACAGGCCAAUAAGUGGGUGAAGAACAUGGAGAAGGCCAACAGUCUGCACAUCAUCAAACUCACCGACUCUGACUUUGUCAGGACUCUGGAGAACUGUAUCCAGUUCGGGACUCCAGUUCUCCUGGAGAACGUGGGCGAGGAGCUGGACCCCAUCCUGGAGCCGCUGCUGCUCAGACAGACCUUCAAACAGGCAGGAGCUCUGUGCCUGCGGCUCGGAGACUCCACCAUCGAGUACAACCCCGACUUCAGGUUCUACAUCACCACCAAGCUGAGGAACCCCCACUACCUGCCCGAGACCUCAGUGAAGGUGACGCUGCUGAACUUCAUGAUCACUCCUGAGGGCAUCCAGGACCAGCUGCUGGGCAUCGUGGUGGCCCGAGAGAGACCCGACCUGGAGGAGGAGAAGCAGGAGCUGAUCCUCCAGGGAGCAGAGAACAAGAGGCAGCUGAAGGAGAUCGAGGAUAAGAUCUUGCAGGUUCUGUCUUCAUCUGAGGGGAACAUUCUGGAGGAUGAGACGGCCGUGAAGAUCCUGUCCAGCUCUAAAGUUCUGGCCAACGAGAUCUCGGACAAACAGCGCGUGGCCGAGAUCACGGAGCAGAAGAUCGACUCCACACGAGCCGAGUACAGUCCCAUCGCGCUGCACUCCGCCAUCUUGUUCUUCUCCAUCGCUGACCUGGCCAACAUCGAACCCAUGUACCAGUAUUCACUCAGCUGGUUCAUCAACCUGUUCAUCAACUCCAUCGACAACUCAGAGAGGAGCACAGACCUGACCAAGAGGCUGCAGAUCCUGAAGGACCACUUCACUUACUCCUUGUACCUGAACGUGUGUCGCUCACUGUUUGAAAAGGACAAACUCCUGUUCUCCUUCGGCCUCAGUGUGAAUCUGCUGAUGCACAAGAAAGAGGUGGAUGAGUCUGAGUGGCGCUUCCUGCUCACGGGGGGAGUGGGGCUGGAGAACCCUCACUCUAACCCCUGCACCUGGCUCCCAAAGAAGUCCUGGGACGAGAUCUGCCGUCUGUCCGACCUGGAGACCUACAGGGGACUGAGGCAGGACCUGCUCCGACUGCGGGCCGAGUGGAAGACCGUGUACGACAGCUCAAGUCCUCAUCAGACUCCGUUCCCUGACGACUGGCAGAACAAACUCAGUCACUUCCAGCGGAUGUUAGUGAUCCGCUGCCUGCGCCCCGACAAGGUGGUCCCCAUGGUGCAGGAGUUUGUGUCUCUCUCUCUGGGACGUCCGUUCAUUGAGACUCCUCCCUUUAAUCUGUCUUUGGCCUUUGGGGACAGUCACUGCUGCGCGCCGCUCAUCUUCAUCCUCUCCCCGGGAUCCGACCCCAUGGCGGCGCUGCUCAAGUUCGGAGACGAGAUGGGGUUCACCGGGACCAAGCUGACCUCUCUGUCUCUGGGACAAGGCCAGGGUCCCAUCGCCAUGGAGAUGAUCACCUCAGGACUCAGGAACGGGACCUGGGUCGUCCUGCAGAACUGUCACCUCGCCACGUCCUGGAUGAGCAAACUGGAGCGAGUGUGUGAGACCUCUCUCUCUGUACAGGAGUUGACCCCAGACUCCACUCACCCAGACUUCCGGCUGUGGCUGACCAGUUACCCGUCGUCCACGUUCCCAGUGUCUGUGCUUCAGAACGGGGUGAAGAUGACCAACGAGGCGCCCAAGGGUCUGAGGGCCAACAUCGCUCGCUCCUUCCUCAUGGACCCCAUCUCUGACCCAGACUUCUUCGACGGCUCCUGUAAACCGGCCGUGUUUAAGAAGCUGCUGUACGGCCUGUGCUUCUUCCACGCUCUGGCUCAGGAGAGGAGGAAGUUUGGACCUUUGGGCUGGAACAUUCCGUACGAGUUCAACGAGACCGACCUGCGCAUCUCUGUGCAACAGCUGCACAUGUUCUUAGAGCAGUACCAGGAGGUUCCGUUUGACGCUCUCCGGUACCUGACUGGAGAAUGCAACUACGGCGGCCGAGUCACAGACGACUGGGACAGACGGACUCUGAGGACCAUCCUGUCCAUCUUCUACUGCCCUCCCAUCGUCUUGGAGCCGAGCUACUGCUUUGACCCCAGCGGACUGUACUACGCUCCAGCAGAGGGCGCUUACAACAGUUAUAUCGACUACACCAAAGCGCUGCCUCUGAAUCCGUCUCCAGAGAUAUUUGGGAUGAACGCCAACGCAGACAUCACCAAAGACCAGGCCGAGACUCAGCUGCUGUUCGACUCCAUCCUGCUCACACAGUCCCGUGCCUCUGGGGGAGACGGUCAGUCGUCUGAUGAGCUGGUGCUGGACGUGGCGGCGGACGUUCUGAGUAAACUUCCCUCAGACUUCGACCUUGAGGCCGCCAUGAGGUCGUUCCCCACGAGCUACAACCAGAGCAUGAACACGGUCCUGGUGCAGGAGAUGGGACGCUUCAACCAUCUGCUGAGGACCAUCAGGAGCAGCUGUGGGGACAUCCAGAGAGCCAUCAAGGGCCUGGUGGUGAUGUCUGCAGAGCUGGAGGAGGUGGUCCACAGUGUCCUGAACGGUCGGAUUCCUGUCAUGUGGAAGAAGAAGUCGUACCCAAGCCUCAAGCCUCUGGGGAGCUACGUGUCUGACUUCCUGGAGCGUCUCAAGUUCCUCCAGGACUGGUUUGAGGAGGGCACUCCUGCAGUCUUCUGGAUCUCUGGCUUCUUCUUCACUCAGGCGUUCCUCACAGGUUCUCAGCAGAACUUUGCUCGUAAACACACGGUUCCCAUCGACCUCUUGGGCUUCGACUUCGAGGUUCUGGACGACAAACAGUACAACAAGGGUCCGGACGACGGCGUCUACAUCCGCGGCCUGUUCCUGGACGGCGCGCGCUGGGACAGAAAGACCAAACUCUUGGCUGAGUCUUUCCCCAAACAGCUGCACGACACCAUGCCCCCGGUGAGUCUGUGCAGCCGUGUUUUUAGACCCGUGUCGACACGAGCUGCAGUGGGGAAGAUGUGGCUAAAACCCUGUAAGCGUGAGGACAUUCCUGAGCGUCUCUCGUACCUUUCUCCCGUCUACAAAACGAGUGAACGCAGAGGAACGCUGUCCACCACCGGUCACUCCACCAACUACGUGAUCGCCAUGACGAUAAACACCGCUGUCCAACCAGAGCACUGGAUACUGAGAGGUGUGGCCCUGCUGUGCCAGCUCAGCUCAUAG